AUGAGUAGAUGCCUCGGGCGGGGCGCUCCUCUAUGAGCUGGUUUAUACCCUACUUUCCUUCCUCCCCCAUCAAAGGAAUCCGAGAACGAAGAAAAAGAAGAGAAAGAAGACACAAAAGCAAAAUAAAGUAUGCACUGUUGUAGACAAAAGAAGCUUUUACCCACUUAAUCCCAGCUGAAAGGCAUUCUGCACACUUUCCUACUCUUUAAAACCCCCUUAUUUCCUUUCAUAUGUUCCUUCUCAUGAUCAUCUAAAGCAUAUACAGUAGCAAGAGAGAAAGAGAUCGAGAGAUAUUUUUCUUCUUCUAAGACCCUUUUUCAAGUGCUCCACAUAUUAUCCAACAAUGUCCAAGUUAUUAGGUUCUUUCAUUUGUCUGUUGAUCGUGGCAAUGGAUAUCAUGGCUGGGAUUCUUGGCAUUGAAGCAGAAAUUGCACAAAACAAGGUGAAGCAUCUAAGGCUGUUUAUAUUUGAGUGUAAAGAACCAAGCAGCCAGGCUUUCAAGCUAGGUUUUGCUGCAGCAACACUUCUGGGCCUAGCCCAUGUCAUAGCAAACUUGCUUGGUGGCUGCAAUUGCAUUUGUUCUCAAGAAGAGCUCCAAAAGGCUUCCCCCAGCAGGCAACUUUCACUGGCCUGCCUCUUCUUCACUUGGAUCAUAUUUGCUGUCGGAUUGUCCAUGCUGGUGAUAGGGACUUUGUCAAACCACAAGUCAAGGGCUUCCUGCGGUUUCUCACACCCUCAUUUUCUGUCCAUUGGAGGGGUUUUGUGCUUUGUUCAUGGGCUGUUUUGUGUUGCCUAUUACGUUUCUACCACUGCCAUGCUUAAGGAGUAAGACAAGUAUAUAUGGAGGCCAAGCUUAAAGCAGUGGUUUCUUCUUCUUCUUCUUCUUUUUUUUUUUUUUUUGUAAUUCAGUGGUUAUAUUACUACAUUCUUAUGUUGCAUCACUGCAUUAUCAAGUUCUUCGGUUGGAAGUUCAUUGAUCCUACAAAAAAACAAGUGUUUUGAGAUGCUUUUUUUAGAACCAUGGAAAAAGAAAAAUGUGGUCUUACUGGAGUUAACUUUAUAUUAUAAAAAUCUAAUCUCUUUUUCUUUA